AUGAAGUUCUCUUCUGCUCUCAUCGCUAUUUUCGCUACAUUUGUCUCUACAGUUUCAUCACAUACCACCAUAUCAUUUCCUCCACCAAGAGGACAUCCAUUAAAUGAAAAUGCAGCCGUCAAAGAUUUUCAAUGUAUCUCGGCACCAUUAAAUGGUGGUUCGGGAUGCGCCCCAAAAAAGUUUCCAUGUGGUGGUUACCCAAAAGAUAAAAAGAUCGUUACAACUUUUAAUGCCGGGGAAGUUUUUGAGGUCAAAUUUUUUAAUCAAAACUUUCCCGAAUUAAAAGAUGAGGAUAAACAAAAGGAUCAAGCAAGGCAUAACGGUGGAAUUUGUGAAUUCGCCUUAUCUUAUGACGGUGGUGAAUCUUAUACUGUCAUUGCCACUUAUAAAAAAACUUGUCCUGAUAUCUUUUUCGACGGUUGGAAGGUUAAGAUCCCAGAAAAUGCUCCUUCUUGUGAUGAUGCCGGGAAUUGUAUCUUUUCUUGGAGUUGGGUUAAUGCCUUAGGAAAUAGAGAAUUUUAUCAAAAUUGUGCUGAUAUUAAAAUCGUAGGAAAUGCCACCGAACCUUUACCUAUCAUUGAUAUUACAAGAGCAAAUUUACCUCCUCUUUUCGAGAAAAUUUUAACCCCUGAAGGUGAUGAUUCGAAUAAUGGUAAUGCUGUCGGUUCCGGUCCAAGAAAAGAAGAU